AAAAAUUGAAGCAAAAAUGGUCCCCCUCAUUGCGCGGCUUCCUUUUCCAUUUCAAGAAAGUCAAAAAUCCAUUUUGGUCUCAUUCAUCUAAUUAAAUGAAAUUUAACAUUUUUCCGCUCCGAAUGACGGAAAUUUCCCUCCCAAUCUAAGCUCCUCAAAAUUGUCCUCUGGUUGGCUCCAUAGAAGACAUUAUCAAACAGCGAAGAAGAAAAAUCAAGAGGCAAAAUGGAAAGCGAAGGAAACAGUGAGAAGAAAAUGAGCAGCAAACCGAAGAAAGGAAGUAACAUCGUGUCACUCACCGGAGCUGCCGCUCUUCUCACUCUCGCUGUUAGCCUCGCUAUCACCGCCAUCAACAACCGGAGAAACUCCAAGAAAAAAGAUCUUCCGGGAUGUAAUUUUCGAGUUAAUUUGUCGGCGAGUGAGAUUCUAAAGUUAGCUGACCGAAUCAUUGCAAAAUCAAAGGAAGUUCAUGAUGCUGUUGCUUCAGUUCCGCUCGAUAAGGUUACGUACAAGAAUGUUAUAUUACCGCUGGCAGAAUUGGAGGCACAGCAGUUUUCAUUGGUGCAAUCAUGCGUGGUUCCAAAGUUGGUUUCUACUUCAGACAAAUUGCGUAAAGCAAGCGCUGAAGCCGAGAAGAAAAUAGAUGCCCAAGUCUCCUCAUGCAGUAAGCGGGAAGAUGUAUACCGUGUUGUUAAAGCUUUUGCUGCAAAAGGGGAAUGGAUGGGUCCAGAAGCAAAACGCUAUGUUCAGUGCUUGAUCAGAGACUUUGAACGGAAUGGAUUGAAUCUUACAGCAACAAAAAGAGAAGAAGUGCAACGCUUGAGAGCUCAAAUUGAUGAGCUAAGUUUGCAAUAUGUUCAGAAUUUGAAUGAUGAUACCACUUCUCUUUUGUUCCAUGAGAAUGAGCUAGCUGGAUUACCAUCAGAGUUCCUCAAGACUUUAGAAAAAGUGGAAAAUGGGAUGGUCAAAGUCACGUUGAAAAGUCAUCAUGUUGCAGUGGUACUGGAGCUAUGCAAGGUAGGAAGAACAAGAAGGACGGUAGCUAUGGCAUACGGAAAGAGAUGUGCAAAAGUCAAUCUUUCUGUCUUGGAAGAUUUGGUUCAAGUGCGUCAUAAAUUUGCUCGUUUACUUGGCUAUUCAAACUACGCAGACUACGCAUUGAAUCUUAGAAUGGCUAAGACGUCCUCGAAGGUAUUGGAAUUCUUAGAGGACAUUUCCUCCAGUUUAUCAGACUUGGCCAAUAAAGAGUUGGCUGUGUUGAAAGAGUUAAAGAAGCAAGAGGAAGGAGAGCUUCCAUUCGGAGUUGAAGAUCUGUUGUACUAUGUAAAGAAGGUUGAACAACAGGAAUUUGAUAUGGACCUUGGAGCUCUCAAAGAGUACUUUCCUGUCAAUUUGGUUCUUUCUGGAAUUUUCAAAAUAUUUCAAGAUCUUUUUGGUUUAAGGUUUGAGGAAAUCGCAGAUGCUGAUGUCUGGAAUGGCGAUGUUCGAGUUUUUUCUGUUUUUGACUUGAGAUCUGGUGAACUUUUUGGUUACUUCUACCUUGAUGUGUUCACAAGGGAAGGGAAAUAUGGUCAGACUUGUGUGCUUGCUCUUCAAAAUGGUUCAGUAGCAUUCAGUGGUGCACGACAGAUUCCAGUGGCAUUGCUGAUUUCUCAACUUCAGAAGGACAGCAGUGGCAUUCCAGGCUUGCUAAGGUUCUCUGAAGUGGUCAGUCUUUUCCAUGAGUUUGGCCAUGUGGUGCAACAUCUGUGCAACCGUGCGUCAUUUGCUAGAUUUUCUGGGCUGCGUGUUGAUCCUGACUUUGUGGAGAUCCCUGCUCAAGUGCUAGAGAAUUGGUGUUAUGAGAGCUUUUCGUUGAAGUUGAUAUCUGGUUUCCAUCAGGAUAUUACAAAGCCCAUCAAGGAUGAAAUAUGUAAAUCGCUUAAACGAUGGCGAUAUUGCUUUUCAGCACUUAAAUUGAAGCAAGAAGUUCUUUAUUGUCUUUUUGAUCAAAUUAUACAUUCUGCUGAGAAUGUUGACAUUGUUGAGUUGUUCAAGCAUCUUCAUCCAAAGGUAAUGUUGGGAUUGCCAAUGUUAGAAGGAACCAAUCCAGCUUCAUGCUUCCCACGUUGUGCAAUUGGUUAUGAAGCUGCUUGUUACAGCCGUAUUUGGAGUGAGGUAUUUGCAGCCGAUAUUUUUAUAUCGAAGUUUCGUGAUGGUCUUUUGAAUCAGUAUGCCGGUAUGCAGUUUAGGGAUAAGGUAUUGGCACCAGGGGGGGCGAAGGAUCCAGUUGAAAUUCUGUCUGACUUUCUUGGAAGAGAACCAUCAGUUCAGACAUUUAUCGACAACAAAAUUGAAUAUAGUUUGUAACACUAAACGUUUUGGUAAUUAUCUUCUACACCUUUUCGUAUUGCACUGCAAGAUAAGAGUUCACAUAGCAUCUUGUUGCAUUGUAGCCUCUUGCCGUAUAUUCUCAGUAUUACUUGUGUUUGUAUAUAAUAAAAUUUUGUAGAUACACACACCCUUGUUUUUAGAAUGAUGAUUGCCAAGGAGUUGUUGGUUUGA